AUGGCCAGGGAGGAAUUCUCUGAGAAGUGCCUUGAAGUGGACAACCUCCAGGAGAGGGUCCGCGAGUUAGAAAAGCUGGUCAUUCAGUCUCAGACCCAUAAGGAAAUGGCACAGCAACUAGUAAAUGAUGCUUACCGUGCCCCUGCCCUUAGUGACUCCACUGUCCCCCCCAUUUCAGAAGCCCCUGAAACCUCGAAUGAAUGCCCCAAUAAGCAUAGCAGGAGCGAGAAUGCCGCCCCAUCUAAAGAAAAUGACCCACCAAGCAUAAUUAGGCCUCGCCAGAACGACCAGGCAAAGAGCGACACAAGGUACUGGAGGGCGUCGUCAUUACUCCUGAAUAAAAGCUCGGUUAAGCAAGCAAUAGUGGGUAGCAAUCCUAGUGACUCAUUGUCAUCUGACUCCUCAUCAGACUCAGAUGACAACAGCAAACAGUUCUCAGAUGAGGAACCUAGGCCGAGGCCUGUGAGCAAGUUGAAAGGCAAGCUGUUAACAAGUAAGAAACAAAAUAACAAGGAGGACUCAGCCGAUGACCUCAAUGCAAGGCUCCUGGAAAUGGAACCUGAAUCUGAACACGACAGUGACUCAGAUGAAACAAAAUGGGCAAAACGAGCUGCUUGA